CUAGCUUCUCUUGGCUCUGAAAGAGUGGAGACUAUUAACAAAACUCGAGCAUCCCAUCUCCAUCAAAAAAAAACCCCAAAAGGAAUUAGGGUUUUCAAUGAUCAUGAAGAAACGCCAAGUGGUAAUGAAGAGUAGAGAUGGGGCUAAUGGAAGAGCAGAUGCUUCUACUACAUCAUCUUCAGUGUUGACAAGAGUUAGGUAUGGUGAGUGUCAGAAGAAUCACGCGACGAACAUCGGCGGAUACGCUGUAGAUGGAUGCAGGGAAUUCAUGGCAAGUGGAGAAGAAGACACAAAUGGUGAACUGAUUUGUGCUGCUUGUGGCUGCCACAGGAAUUUCCAUAGAAGGGAAGUGGAAACUGAAGUUGUUUGCAAGUACUCUUCUCCUAAUUCUUCUUCUUCUCAUCGCGGUCAAUAGAUCGAUAAUUACAAAGAAAUCAAACUUAGAUCGAUAUAGAUUGUUGAAGGGGAUACUUAGAAAACUAAUUAGAUCGGAAGCACUCAUGUGCUCUGUGAAUAGUGCUUAUGUUGAUGAUUAAUAUAUAAUGAAACCAAACCUCAGAGAAAGAUAAUUUUUGUUUCCUUGGUUGGAAAUCGAAGUGUGUGAAGAUACACUCUGUAGUGUUUCUCUGAAUAUGAUUGAAAAUUUUAAAUCCUAUCUAUAUAUAUAUAUAUAUAUCAUAUUCA